AUGGCAUUCAAAAGUAGCAUUCAGAUCAGCUCUAUUCUUCUCUUCAUCUGUUUUGCGACAUUUUCUUUGACAACAAAAGCAUGUCAACCAACUGAUAAAGCAGCUCUGCUCGAUUUCAAGAGUUUGAUCAACCAAGAUCCAACUAAAUUGUUGAAGACUUGGAAUGCAUCCACCGAUUGUUGCAUCCAGUGGGAAGGUGUUGCUUGUGGUUCUAACGGUCGUGUCGUGAACUUAACACGCCCUGGAUUGUAUUCCACUGAUGAUUCCAUCUUCGAUACGUUCAUGAACGGAACGAUUUCUCCGUCUUUGGGGAAUCUUGAGUUUCUUCGCUUCUUAGACUUGAGUAACCUUAAGCAGUUAGUGGGAACAAUUCCUCCUACACUUGGAAAAUUAUCACACCUUACUGAUUUUUUCCUUGAUACCAACCAACUGGAGGGUCAAAUUCCUGCCUCAUUUCAAAGACUUACGAAACUCAGAAGGAUGUACCUCAGUGAUAAUCGUCUAUCCGGGCCAGUUCCGACCUCCAUGCUCCUACAAAUGUCUUCGCUUUCAGAACUAGGUUUAUUCAAUAAUCGGCUAUCUGGUGGAAUUCCAUCCUCAAUCCAAAACUUAGUUUCAUUAACUAAGAUUGAUAUCCAUGGGAACCAAUUCUCAGGUAGUAUACCAAGUACCAUUGGUUCACUCAAGCAGUUGAACUAUGUAGACUUAUCGGCGAAUAAGUUUUCCGGAAUCAUUCCUCAAUCCAUUGGAGAACUAUCCAAACUUAACUUACUCUAUCUCUUCCAAAACAAGCUCUCCGGAAACCUUCCAAGUUCAUUCUCAGGGCUCAGCUCUCUUAAAUUUUGUCGGCUAGAAGACAACAAACUGACAGGUGGUUUACCUUCGUCCAUCGGUAAAAUGACACUCCAACGGUUAGUCCUCGAUAACAACAUGUUAUCAGGCGAAUUACCUGCCAGUAUUGGUAAUCUUACAAACCUUGAUAAUUUAAGCUUGAAAAACAAUGGAUUUACAGGUAAUAUUCCGUCGAGUUUUAGCAACCUCAAUGUUUUAACUCUUGAUCUGUCACACAACAAGUUGACAGGUAAAAUCCCUCCAUUUAAGAAUGCAUUUCCCGCAUCUUCUUUUGAGGGUAACUCUGGCUUGUGUGGUUCUCCACUCCCUUCUUGUAAAACUGCCUAGUAACUUUAUAUCUUUUAUGUAAUUCUGUUUUCACUCAGUAAAACGCAAUAAAUUUGAUUUGCUGAUAA